UCAUAGUGGCCUGCUGCCGAUUCCUACGCGUUUUCUGCUAUUGUUCGAGCAAAUAUUUGAUAUAACAUUGGCAGGCUUUUCUUUUCCAGUGAGUUUUCUGUUCGCCUCAGUUUGUACGUAUUCGUACCGGUUUACAGCAUUCUGCAUCUACAGGGCAAUUGUCUCUACUAAGUUUACAUGGUCUACGCGCCAACUUAUUAACAACGAUGUCUGCUUUUGGAAAAAUGUAGUUAUAAUUUCAAGGCUCUUGUACCGGUGCUGCGCAGAAUCUUUUUUCGGCCACUUCGGAAAUACUCGUCUUAGUGGUAGUCUGUUCUCAUAUGCAAUGGUCCAGCUUGGUUUUCCGGGCAAGAAUUUCCUGAGGAAAAGUCACGUAAAGCGUCAUCGACGACGUAAUAGAUGUGGUGUUCUUGUGGAGCUUGCCCAAAAUGCGUCCCUCUAUUAUUAUCAGAAGCAUAUGACGUUUCUCUGGUCUAAUGCUUUUGGGAACCAUUAUGAACAGUUCAAUAAAUAUUUCAGCACUAUAAGAACCUGAUAUAUAUACAAUAUUCUAUCGUAACCGAGUGAUCGUCAAGGUGGGUAAGACAUGGCAGUUCCUAUGUUGACAGCUAGGAACAACAACGAUGGUGCGGCGCUUUUUCGUCCGGGCGAUCCUGGCUACGGACGAGUUGCGACACCGUAAUUUGUCGCGCUGUUUCAAUAUAUGGAUUUUUUAUUUUUUUAUCUAUUUACUUUAUAGCAGAUACGGCGUCUUCAACCAGCCGGAUUGCUAGUUCUUGCGCCUAUGAUAUUCAACCGUGCGUUCCAGAAUGGUCAUCUAAGGAAUAGAUAUUAAAUGUGCGCCAACAGUGCCAGUGGCGGUAUCAGUCUAAGUUGAUAAUCAACAUUAAGUUAACAAAAUAACGUUAGGCCCCUAGUUAUUCCAUUUAUUUUUCGUUUACUUUGACAACAAAUGGUGGCAUCGUAAGAAGGUCGUACUUCCGUACCCGAGCCGAAAAAUACGAAAUGUGGAAGAAGCGUAUUCAUCUACGAACGGAGAGGGCCUGAGUUUUCGGUAUAUCACAGGUAUCUGAAAAACAUACUGAUCCGUUCAAAGCUAUUAUUUCGGUUGAUAAUUCUCGUUGGGACCGUUGCCCUGAUUGACUCCAAAUGUUACAUUCUUAUGCCCCAGGAUUUUUACGAAAAACACCAGGACGUUUCAGAAAAAUCUAUCCAUAUUGACGAAACGAAGGGCCAAAUAAUCAGUCUACCUAAAAACUAUUCACAGGUUAAGAUCAUUGUAGAGGACGACAACAGCGCUUUGACAAACAGCGAAGUCGCAAGCGAUCCGGCUCCAGGGACGUGCACUACCUUGUGGACUACUACAUCUUUACGCGCUGGGAUUUCUCGGCAAUUUUUUAACCGUAGAGUAAGUACGUCAGAUACUACUUCAAAGAGUAGUUCCGGAACACAGAAUUCAUCGACUGCAAAAGAACAGGUGCCAAAAAUGCCCGUGGUGCGCAUUAAAUCAGGAAUUAUAAUGGGGCUUAUAGACACUUCCGCACCAAAUACAGUCUACAAAUUUCUUGGAGUUCCUUUCGCGGAGCCACCGUUAGGUAAGCUCCGCUUCAAACAUCCCGUUGAAAUUUCGCCUUGGUCGGGCGUUUUCGAAGCGCACAGAAAGCCUCUUCCAUGCCUGCAGGGUCCAUUCUAUAUCAACAGCAAUUGGACAAUCGAUAACGUAAACUCAACCGAGGAUUGCCUCUAUUUGAAUCUAUGGACUCCGGAUAGCUGCGUCACUUCUACCAACUCCGAGUGUACACCCAACAAAUCAGUGAUGGUGUUUAUCUACGGAGGCACGUACACGUUUGGCUCUUCUGGAUGGGAGAUGUAUGACGGAGCUCAGUUGGCUGGUAGAGGAAACGUAGUCGUGGUAACAUUCAACUACCGCGUAGGUCCUUUAGGAUUUUUGUACGGGGGUAAUCAAGAUGCCCCCGGGAACGCCGGGCUUUUUGACCAACUUAUGGUUCUAAAGUGGGUGCAGGACAACAUUAUAAAAUUAGGCGGCGACCCACGGGACGUAACUUUGUUCGGACAGUCAGCCGGAGCAAUUUCAAUAGGUUUCCAUAUGGUCUCUCCACUUUCACAAGGACUCUUCCACAAAGUCAUUAUGGAAUCAGGAAGUCCACUCUUCCGACUUACUGACCCAACCCGUGAAGGGCCAAAAAAGAUCGAAAAACUGGCCUACGCAAUGGACUGUAUACAAGACGGACAGACCAUCGAAACGCAUUCUAAGGAAGUGGUCACUUGCUUACAAAACAAAGAUGGUAAAGAACUCGUUAACACGACUCUGUUCACGUUUGGAAUAAAUGCAUUAACGUUCUUUCCAAUUCACGGUGAUACAUUUUUGCCUGAGCCUGCUGAAAAGCUUAUCAACACCGGAAAACUAGCAAAGGUGCCCCUGCUAAUUGGAAAUAACAAGGACGAAGGUUCGUAUUUCGUUUACUACCUGUUUGGUAGGUCGCUGAAGCUCGAAGACGUCAGCAUGGUUACCAAAUAUGAGGUCGAUCUCUAUAUGACAUUUAGUCUACAGAUGCUUCUGCAAACUAACGUGCGGACUAUUCGUGAACGGUAUCUUCGCAAUGUCAAAGAAGAUGAGGGGCGAAAAGCAAUUCGGAAAGCAGCCGAACUGGUUGGUGAUUUAGCAAUGAUUUGUCCGACAAAGUAUUUUGCUGAGCAGGCAGCCAUGCAGGGUUUAAAUGUGCAUUAUUACGAAUUCAACUUCCGCAGCUCUUUCGGAACUUGGCCCGAUUGGGUCGGAACGACCCACGGUGAGGAGAUCCCUUUUGUGUUCGGGCAUCCUCUUAGUGGUUUGGAGCCCAACGCCACAAACCGUGAAAAGGAGGUCUCAAAAGAAAUCAUUUCUAUUUGGACAGACUUUGCCAAAACUGGAAGAGUGCCUGUCAAAGUUGGGGGGGUGCCAUGGCCUAGGUACACAGCCGAUGAACAGGCUCUUCUUCUAUACGGGCCAGAGCAGAACAGUCUAAGAAAAGGUCCAAACGAACAGAUGUGCAACUUCUGGCGAAAGUACAUACUGGAAUCGUACUGAAAGCAGAAGCAUAAGAUAUAAUGUUUGAAAAAACAACUUUAUCAAAGUGUCAGGCACAACAAAUAUUUCUUUGCGACCCUUUGAAAUUGUUUAUGUCAAAGAAGCACUUUCCAAAACAUAAACGUCUUCAAAAUGGAUUCCAUGAUAAAAACAAAUGAGCUGUAUAUUUGCCUACUAGAGAACUCGACGAAUUUGAGUAGCCCUAGAGCACGUAUGCAUUCCUAUUAUAUUAAUAAGCAUACCUGCAUUACCUCUCUUGUUUACAACAUGAGCAUGCGAACGAUUUUAACAAUGAAUGUAUAUGGUACUCGUUUGCCUGACAACACACUCACCUCUUGCAUAUGUACAUGUAUGUGUGUGUGAGAAAAUGAUUUUCUGUACAUAAAGUACAUCAUAAAAACAUGAUGUUUCUAUACACAGUGUACAGUCUUAUUUCAAUAGGUAGUCGUAAAGCAACAUUAUAGUUCGAUUUGAAAUUCGACGGCUUCUGUAACUUUGUGUAUUCGUAACUCGUAUAAUUAUUUGUGUUCAUAUAUAUUUACAUAGUAGCAUUGUAAUUAUAAUUUUAGUCAAUGCUAGUAACGAUUGAACUUUGCCAACAUGAAAUCGGUAAAUUAUAGCACCAGAGCUAUAAGGAUAAACGUGUCUAAGUGUGACAUUAAUUGCUAGUACGUACACAUGAUGGUUAGGAUCGGGUUUCGCAAUAAUGAAAAAAAUAAUACUGCUUAGUUAUACAAUUCGAUUGAUGUUAUUUUUAGUUUUAAACUACCUAGUUCUUAUAACAUCGUUGAGUUGGAAAAUAUCCUGCCAGUAGUUCUUCUAUUUUUUUUAUCUAAUUACAAAUGUUACUUUGU